AUGCCAAAAUAUACAGUAACUCCAAAAGGCCGUGUUAAUAUGGGCGCUGAGUAUGUAUAAUAAUUUAAUGUUUAAAUACAAAGGUAGUCAUUUUUUUAUUACUUAUAUAUGUAUAGUUAUUAGUUAUACUCGUAUAUUAAUAAUAUUUUGGGUGGCAAUGUUUACGCAGAUCCGGCACAACUACUGGAUAACCAAAAAAUAUAUACAUAUAAUAUUAUGUCGGUUAGAGCUAAAAUAAUUUUUAGAGAAUUCGAAUUGGCCGUUGUUUUUUUAAAUUCAUAUAAGUCUAGGGAUGCAAUACUACAGGUCAUAUAACAAUAUAAUUGCUGUGAAUAUUUUUUAAUAAUUUGUAUUUAUUUAAAUAAAACCUAUACUUAAUAUAAAUAACAUACAUUUCAAUUUUUAAAGUUUAAUGUACAGUUAAGUAUAGGACUAUAGGUAUACCUGAUAAAUUCUUGGUAACAUAAUUUUAGGGUCGAUAAUAUGCAGUUUAUAGUCAAAUGUUUAUGUUUCAAUACUCGAAUAUAGCUAUGUGCACUAAAAAAACAAAAAUUCAAUUUGUAUUAUUAUUUAUUUAAUUUUUACUUCGAAAAAUCAAAAAAUUAACAAUUUAUACAAUAAUAAUAUAGUGAAAGAAUGAAAGUUAUUUUAUAAUUUAGUACAAAUAUUUACAUAAUUUCAUCUGUAUUGCCAUUCGACUGUUAUUUUAGGUAUGUAAUGUAUACGGUUUAUCAAAUCUCAUGUUGCUGUCAAAUUGUCCUUGGUAUACUUAAUUUUUUUAUUAUUUUCUAUUAAAAUUAACAACAAAAAUAAUUUUCACGGUAACAUGUAUUUUUGUCUCUAUCGCCGAUUCAACAGCGCUGAUAAAGUGUUUUUUAUGUAUAAAUUCUAGGUAUCUAUUUCAUUAAUAUAUACAAGUUUUAUUCGAUAUUUUAUAAGACGUAUAAAUAAGAUAAUUUUUAGUUCCUAAAACACCGACUACAUAGCCGGAAUUUUUAAAUGCGAUCGGCAUUGCCAAUAUUCCAGUACCGAUACUAGCCUUUAACAAGUGUAUUAAAGUUUCCGAAAACCUGAAUGGGCAAUAAAAUCGUUAAUUUUGUGCAAUGUUAAUGAUUCAGAUAUUUUCGUUUAGGCAUACUUACGACGUUGGUAGCCGAACAGUUUGGUAAGCAUAAGGAUCAUAAGGAUAAUCCACUAGGUCCUUUUUGGAUGUAAAAUUGCUGCAGUCAACCAACUCAACACUGCCUAAACUACAUUUAAGAAAAACAAAUAACAAAAUUAUAGUAAAAUUCGUUAGAUAUUCGUUAAUCAAAUUCAUAGGUUAGUAUAAGUACUUUAAAUGGUAAUCACAUAUGAUAAAUAUAAGUAUCAGGGACUGGAACCAAACUGAAAAUAACCGAUUCAGGAAUCAAAAAACCCUUAACAUAUUGGGAACCGGAACUGAAUUUAAAUAUUUUCAAAUAACUGGAACCGGAACAUAUUUUUAAAUUAAAAAAACGGGUUUAACAAUAAUAAAUUAUUUUGUUUUUUCCUCCGUGGCUUAUGAUAAAUGUAUCGACUAUAAUGCUUAUACCGCAGAUUAAAAUACGACUGCUUUGAUAAACUAUUUUUAUUUUUAUUUAGAGCAGUUUAUUUCUUAUAAAAUCAUGAUAUUUAAUGGGGAAAUCGGUAGGUAAAAUAUUAAACAUAUAUUAUUAAAGAAAAUAUAUAAUGUCUAUUUAAAUAUUUUACCACAAUAUGACAUAUAUAUUGUUGACAGAGCAUCACUAUCAAUUGAACUUCGCUCAGAAUCGUUUUUUCGGUAGCAAUGGUUUAUCGUCACCCGCCUGAAAAGUUUGUCUGUCUUUUUAUGUUUGACUACUACUAAUUUAAUAAUUUAAUGCACCUAUGUAAAACAUUUUCUCUGAAGAUACUACAGAAUAAAUAAAAAUAUAUACAUUUUUGGAAUCGUUUAAUACUUGUUUUAACUAAAACUCUAACUUAAACUCUCAAGUUUUCCAAAACCUGAAUCAGAACCAGAACCUCUUAAUAAAAUAAUUAAGUAGUGGAAUAGUAAAAACGGAAGGUACCAGUACCUGAUAGAUAUAUAUAUAUAUAGUAUCAUCACCUAAUGAGCUUUACAUAUACAGCUUAGGGAAUAUCGUCUCUUAUACGGAUUUAAUUGUAGAAGAAAUUAGGAACGACCUUUAACCUAUGCCCAUUGAAACAUUUAUAGAAUUUAGAAUUCUACAUAGACGCCUACCUAAAAUUUGUACAAUUUCCAUAAAAAUAUAUUAAAUAACUACAACUUAAUAAAGAAUUAUUUUCAACUUUUUAUACAAAUGUUGAUAUGCGAAAUUUUUUAUAUCAAUUAAAUUAUAAAAUAUAAUUUGUGAUAAGUCAACUUGUAAUUUUAUUAUUAACUUAUGCGACAAUUUUUGAUUCGCAUAGGUAAAUGUCUAUAAUGUUGUAAAAUUUGUAAUAGAAGUAUAGCUAAAGUAGAUUUUAAAUGUUCAAGAAAUUAAUGUAAUUAUUAAAAUUAAUCAGAAUGAGAAUUAUAUUUUUCAAUUUUUUCAAUUCUUAAUUGAUUAGAUUAAGUUUAAAUCACCAAAAAUUAAUAGGUUUAUCAUUAUAAAGAUUAAAUUAUGCUUUAUAACAAAUAUAUCCAAACUCAUAAAUGCUUUACAAGUUUAAAUUUGAAAUCAAAUUUAAACGAAAAAAAAUUACAGCAUUUCAAAUUAUGUAUUAUCGAACUGCGCUCGGAAUUAUCUUUCGUCAGCAAUGGUUUAUCGUUGCUUACAGAUAUAAAUGAAUUAACCUUAUGUAUUCUACCUUCCCAACAUCUCACCUAGAACAGUGGCCGCUCCCAUCUCUAGUAUUAUCUUGUUUUUUUUUACUUUUUUUAGACUUAUCGGGAAUUUUACUGAGAGAAUAUUUUUUGAACUCAUAUCGAGAAUUAUAUGAGUUAUUGAUGAAUUUAUAUUAUAUGGGAAUUAUAUGGGUUAUUGUUGAACUCGAAUUGUAAGUUAUAUGAGUUAUUUGUUGAGAAUUAUUGUCUCCCAGUAUACAAGUCAUAUUUUUAUUUACUUUAUUUUUUUUUGAACUUGCCGGGAUUGAUACUGAGAAUUAUAUUGAAAAUUAAUAUUGAUUAUUGACCUUUGAUAAACAUAUGAAUAUAUAUUUUUAAUAAGUUAAAAUAAAUAUAUAUAUAAAAAAGAAAAGAGAGAGGAAUACAUUAUUUUUAAGCAUUAUUUUUAUAAGGAACAAUCAUUAAUAAACCGACCAAUCCUGAAAUUACUAUAACUGAACCCGAAUCAUUAAUUGAUACGGAAGAAACUGGGACAAAAGGUGCGGAUUUAUUGAAUGAAACAUUUGGUAAAAUUAAAUUAGACGAACAAAUAGCAUCAAACAGAGAAAUAGGUACGCGUAGUAAAUUAGACAUUAUCCAUACUGAUUUACAAAAGAAUAAACGAACCCGUAAAAUCACGGAAAAAACAGAAACUUACGUGAUGCCUCUUAUCGAUGCAAUCAAACUCGUAUCCGAAUAUUGGGGAAAAACAGAUAUUUUCCCCUUUAUAAGUACGUGGGCUAUAAAAAAAAUAUUAACAAACGUAUUCAAAAUACUGUAUGGUGCGUCCACACUUCAAAUCGAGUUAAAUUUAAUAAGGAUGGGAAGGAGUGAAACUAUUCUAUCGUAUAAAAAUCGGGUAGAAUAUAUGUUGCAUCGCCUGUGCAGCGCUAAUGUUGCGAGAAAAACUGAAUAAGACGCACGAUCAAUACUCGGGAGCAGGCGUUAGUAAGAUGUAACAACGAAUUAGAUGGACAGGUAAGAACUGAAGUAAAAACGAAAAAUCUUAUUGUCUUGGAAUAAGCUAUGCAGUAAUAAUUGCUGAAAAAGGUAUUACAAGCUGGUUAGACGCAUUCAAUUAUUACAGACGAGAUGAGGCGGUUAGGUAUAAUAAUAAUUAUUUCAAUAAUCUACCGAAUAUUUCGAACGCGAACAUAAUCCGAACGGUAAUAAAUAAUUAUCGUAGACUAAUCGAGUGGUAUAUUUACGGUUGGAAACAUUAUAUGGCGGAAGACGGAUUCGACUGCAGCAAUCUUUUGACCCGACAACUGUGCUGCGAUUACCGUACAGCAAUAACAAUAAUCGUGGUCCGAUUAAUAAUUACGUGCCACGUAGGGCGUAA